UAUUAUUAUUAAAAAAGGCACAAAAUCACACAAAAUCAGAACGACAAAUCAAAAUAAUAAGUGGCGGAAAUUGAGAGCGACAAAACAAUUACAAAAGGCUAAAAACUUAAAAGUAUUAAGGAAAGAGUAGUAAACGAAAGGUUGUUUCUACCUGGAAGUGGCAGUUGUCUCCUUCAAAUUCUAAUAAGUUGUUUGGAUACUUUCAUCAUCAUCAUCAUCAUCAUCAUCAUCAUAUUUCUUUAGUUUCUUUCUGUAUUCCUCUUCAAAAAUGGAGGGUCUUCCCUCUGGAUAUCGUCCCAACGUUGGAAUUUGUCUCAUCAAUGAUGAUAAUCUGGUUUUUGUGGCUUCAAGGUUAAACGUCCCAGGAGCAUGGCAGAUGCCUCAGGGGGGAAUUGAAGACGGAGAAGAUCCUAGAUCGGCAGCCAUUAGAGAGUUGAGAGAAGAAACUGGAGUUGUAUCAAUUGAAAUCAUCGCGGAGGCCCCAAAUUGGUUGACAUACGAUUUCCCUCCUGCUGUGAAGGCUAAAGUGAAUCGUUUGUGGGGUGGAGAAUGGCAUGGUCAGGCACAAAAAUGGUUCCUUAUGAGAUUUACAGCAGAUGAGCGUGAGAUAAACUUGGCCACUGGGGAAGCAGAAAUGGAAUUUUCAGAGUGGAAAUGGGCAACUCCUGAUGAGGUCAUUGAUCAGGCAGUGGAUUAUAAGAGGCCAGUAUAUGAAGAAGUUAUGCAAGCCUUCAAGACACACAUUGACAGCAACCCCACAUCAGCUAAAUGCAAAUCAGCUAAAUGGUAAACUGUACAGCCUCAAGGCAGCAAAUGCAUUUGUCCAAGCCUCAAAAUUCUGAUUUAGCUUUGCUUAAUCUUGAUGUAAAUCUUAUGUCAUUAUGUUAAUCAGUAUAGAAUUAUUCCCCCUUUUCUUUUUUCUUCAUUUGGGUAUUGAAGCUGUGUAAAAUUACAAGUUUGAGAAAUCUCUGGACUGUUUUUUUAGUGCUUGGGCGAGGCCAGUAGAAAUGACUUGAGAAACUGUCUCAACCUCGAGUUUCUAUAUUAUCGUGUUUUCCUUCUCGAAACAACAUCAAAAAUGAAAGGAGGAUGAUUUACGCUUAGAUAUGAUAUGUGAGCUUCUGAAUUGCAAGAGAUAUGAUGACUGUUCUUACGAUCCGUUUGGAUUUGCUAUAUUAUACUUUAAAAGCUUUCCCUUUGAUUCCUGUAGUGUAGCAAAUUCAAGGAGAUAUUGGGAGUAAUAUCUGUCAGAAUAUACUAUUUUUGUUUUGAGUUUUUUUAAAUUUUGCGUACAUGGACCCAUCUAAGCUUUCACCUUGAUUGAUAAUUGAAUUUACGUUUCAUAUAACUCAGAGAAUUAAAAAAUCAGGGAAGAGGAAAGAGCAAUGCAAGUGGUAAUCUAACCAUCUUGUUCUAACAUAAUUUCUCCGACUCUAUUGAA